AUGCCUUCACGCUUGAGCUCGGCUACCAUACAACUGUCCCCUCUUAUCGCAAGAUUACCUCCGCACCUAACGCUCAUCAUACAUUCUUCCCUCUCAGCAGCUGGGAGGAUGCUCGGCUCAUCUCGGGCCAAGUGGCCGAAAGACGACAUAGAGGCAAGAGCUGAUUCGCCUUACCCCCCUUCUCACCUUUCUUCGCGUGAAGAAAAGGUCCCUGGUUCUCAGGACGGUGGCGGAGCCUCGUUUGAGACGAAUUCAUUGCAUCUGAGAUUCGUGGACAAGAAAGGUCACCAAGUGCCUACAGCUCCAAAGAGGUCAACCAGGAACGGCUCAAGGUACGGCAGACGACAUGACCAAUUUCAAUCGCUGCCCAAGCAGAGGAGGCGGAUAUUGGAUCGGAACGGAAGGAUGCCCGGGGAUCCAUCCCGGGAUCUGAAUAUUGAGCAGACAGCGCAUCGGGAGCAACCAUCGGGCUCGUUGAGACCGCUGACACCAUUAGAUAAUGAUGCGGAAGGGGAGAAUCUUGCUCUGGUGCUUGACUUUUGCGACCGGGCUUCUCAAGAGCUCCGACAGAUGCUUGAACAGCGAGCGACAACUAGCGAGGAAGGGCAGUCGGCCAAUCGACGGCAAGGGAGUCAUUCGCCGCCACCGGCCACCGACGUGCAAGACUUUGCCCCAGCCUCGCCAUCUCCAUCUGCGUCUGCCAUCCGCACCGAAGAGCUUGUCGGAUGUUCUUCAUAUGAGUCAUUCGGCCCAGAAGAAUAUGUUAAUCACGGCGGCCGUGUCUGUGUUAACCUUGCCGAGUUUAAUCGUGUGAUCCUUGAAUACUCUCAAAAGCGUCUUGUGGACGUAGCCUUCGAAUUCAGCUAUGGGCAUGAACAUGAUGAAGACAAGAACGAAGACAAGGAUUUUACUUCUCGGGCAGAAGAAUAUUUGUCCCAAUAUGUCUCCGCCUGGAAGAGCCUUGAAUUUAUGAGGGAGGCACGCAAGAAGAAAGGCUACGAUCCAUUUGUCGUCUCCACGGACUACACAAUGCAACGUCAAUUGCUAAAGGAUGUCGAGAAGAAGUGGCGCACGCGCACAUCUCCGGCCACACGCAAGCAGUUCACUAAGGACAUGGAACAGCUCACGAAGCACGGUUUAGGUGAUAGGGCCGAUAAACACAAAGUUCUUCCAUUUGGAGGAGGAACCCGAGGGUUAGUCAAUCGGAAGGAAAGGGUAGAACUGUAUACAAGGAAACUCGCCAUGGCAAUGAUCGGCGGCACCUUUCUCGUUGCGCCCAUGCUUGUGAUGGUCCUCCUGCCGGGUUUGGUGACCUCGUUGAUCACGACCUCGGUUUGCGUUUUCUUGUUUGGCCUGGUCAUGUCCAUCUUUUUGGACAAGCCGUUUGAUGUGUUGUCGGGCACCGCCGCCUACGCUGCUGUGCUGGUGGUCUUCAUUGGCACUGGUGGGGGCACCUGA